GGAGGGAGGAGAAAAAGAACAAGCCGAGAGAGAGGGAGAGAGAGAGAGAGAGAGAGAGAGAAAAAAGAGACAGCAGCGCAGCGAGGAGGACGCGAACGCACCGUGGAGAGGAGGACAACGCUGCCUCUCUGAAGCCCCCGCGAUUGGAUGGGGAAAAAAGACAACCACUAGCUACCAGUAUGGACGCGCGACAUCCUGGAGUUUCCCACAAUCCUUAGGUCUCCGAUCUGCAGCUGAGUCCGCUGAACGCUGAAUCGUGACCAGCGCCGGUCCUCGACUGACCUCCUGUCAGGUGACCCCCGCCUUGUGCCGUGAUGAUGUCGGUGGACGUGACCAACCGCAACUGCCCGGCCGCCACGCCUCCCACCUCGCUCAGCCUUCGCUCCUCGCACAACCAGCUGCUGAGUGGCGACGUCGUCCGGCAGGGCUCCGCCACGCCCCCCAAGUGUCGCAAAAAGUACGCGCUCACCAGCAUCCAGGCUGCAAUGGGCCUCGGGGAGGUGGCGGCGGCGGCGGCGGCGGCUGCUGCGAUGGCUGCGGCGUCUUCGUCCUCGCCGUCGUCCCCAUCGCGGGCCUCGACCGCCAACAACCCCAAGCUGGCCAAGAACGGAGCGAACCAGCUGCGCAAAGCCGGCCAGGAUCACAACAAGAACACGACGGACCCGGAGCCCGAGGCGACGGCGGAUGAGUUCAACGUCAACGCGGCCGAGGAGGACGGCGGUCACGCUCUUACCAAUAACGACCGGGAGGAAGAGGAAGACGAGGAGGAGGAGGUUGAGCUGCACUCAAAUGCUGACGCGGAGCCCGAGCAGAAGAGUGAAUCAGACAUGGACUGUGACGUCAACGCGGCCGUGGAGCUCCAACUGAACGGCAACACGACGACAGACUUCGACUUGAACAUCGACGCAGAGGAGAGCGACGACAUCAGCAUCCUGUCCGAAAAGGAGAUGAUGAUGUCGAGGAUGAAGAUCGAGGAGGACGGAGACGAGGCGGCGGCGGAGGAGCAGGAAAACGAGGAGGAGAAGCCUCUCCUGUCGAUGCCGAGUGAGCCCCCCGUGCAGAAGUGCGACGUUUCCCCGGGCCCGGAGCUCAUCUCCGAUCUGCGCUCCAACCUCAAGCUCCUAAGGGAGGGCGGCAAGGACUCGCCGGUGCCCCCUCCGCCCUCGCCGCCCAAGCGGGCCAGCCCGGAGGACGUGCCCCUGCUCUCCGUGGCCUCCUGUUCCUCUUCCUGCUCCUCCUCCUCCUCCCCGGAGACGAAGAAGGACAGACGGACGGGGGCGAAGACGGACUGCGCGCUGAACCGCAUCCAGAAUCUGAACCCCAGCGACGAAGAGUUGAGCUGGACCACUCUGUCCCAGGAGAGCAACUCCCCGCAGGAGACAGAUAUCUGGAGCGAGCAGUCCUUCCAGACCGACCCGGACCUGCCGCCAGGAUGGAAGAAGAUCACGGACAUGGCCGGCGUCUACUACUGGCACAUUCCCACCGGCACCACCCAGUGGGAGAGACCCGCCGCCCCGGGGCAGACCGAGCCCCAGGCCCCUGGGGAGCGCUCCCUGGGCUCGCUCAGCCCCUCGCCCACUCCUGACCACGAGGCGUGCCAGGCAGAGGUCUUCUUCAGGGGCUCGACUCGCUCGGGCAGCACCACCUCGGACAGCUCGGUGGAGCCGCUCUCCGCUCACGAGCCCGCCCUCGCCACGUGCGGGUUCGUCAACAGCUGCUACUAUCCUCGCUCCACAUCUUUCCAGGGGAUGCCCGAUCCAGAGUGUCGCUCCCAGCUUCUCGAAGACGAGGACAAGAAACAGACGUGGAGUGAUUUUGGCGGAAAGAUUGAUAGCGAGGUGUGGAAGGACCUGCAGGCAGCCACGGUGAACUCCGACCCCAGUUUGAAGGAGUUUGAGGGAGCGACGCUUCGCUACGCAUCGCUCAAGCUAAGGAACCGUGCAGCAGUGGAAGACGAGCAGUCCAACAAUGCCAACAGAGAUCCAGAGACAAAGUGUUUCGCCGUGCGCUCUCUGGGAUGGGUGGAGAUGGCGGAGGACGACUUGGCUCCCGGAAAGAGCAGCGUCGCCGUGAACAACUGCAUCCGGCAGCUGUCCUACUGCAAAAAUGACAUCCGAGACACCGUCGGCAUCUGGGGAGAGGGGAAGGACAUGUACCUGAUGCUGGAGAACAACAUGUUGAACCUUGUCGACCCCAUGGACCGCAGCGUGCUUCACUCUCAGCCAAUCGCAAGCAUCCGGGUCUGGGGUGUAGGCCGGGACAACGGCAGAGAGAGGGACUUUGCAUAUGUGGCGCGGGACAAGAACACCAGGAUCCUGAAAUGUCACGUGUUCCGCUGUGACACGCCAGCCAAAGCCAUCGCCACCAGCCUGCACGAGAUCUGCUCCCGGAUAAUGACAGAGCGAAAGAAUGCCAAAGCGAUGGCGGGUUCUCUCCAGGACAGGAUGCAGGCCGGACUAGACCUCCCUUUACAAGCAGAGUUCCCCACACCAAAGACGGAGCUGGUUCAGAAGUUCCAGGUGCUCUACCUCGGGAUGCUGCCCGUGGCCAGGCCAAUAGGCAUGGACAUCCUGAACGGAGCUAUAGACAGUCUGAUCGGCUCGUCCAACCGAGAGGACUGGACCCCCGUGGCCCUCAACGUGGCAGACGCUAAGGUCACCAUCAGCAAAGACGAGGCUGAAGAGGAAGUGCUGGUGGAGUGUCGCGUUCGAUUCUUGUCCUUCAUGGGCGUCGGGCGGAACGUGCACACGUUCGCCUUCGUCAUGGACGCCGGCUGCCAUCGCUUCGACUGUCACGUCUUCUGGUGCGAGCCCAACGCCGGGAACGUGUCGGAGGCCGUGCAGGCGGCCUGUAUGCUGCGGUAUCAGAAGUGUUUGGUGGCUCGACCCCCCUCCCAGAAGGCCUGCAGCUCGUCGCCCCCCGGUGACUCGGUGUCCCGUCGGGUAUCGACCAGCGUGAAGAGAGGCGUCCUGUCCCUCAUCGACACCCUCAAACAAAAGAGACCCGUCACCGAGUUGCCGCAGUAACCCGUGUUUAAGCCCCCGACCUCCUGCCACGACCCCCCAGUCACCAUGGUAACUAGUGGCAUCGCCGCCAAAACCCUUCGACAUCGCAGUAACUAUGGAAACACAACGAACCCCCGGGGGUUUUGGGGGAAGCACCUGUUCGCAAAGUCCAUCGCAUUCUCUGAACUAAAAUUGGAAUUUCGCCUCCUCGAGAGUUUAUCGGCUCCUGGGGCGGAAUUCAAAUUUGUUUCCGCAAAAUACGAGACGAAUAAAGAUCCCACAUCAAGAAGGAACCAACCCACAGAGAAACACCCGAUGUGGCGAUCGUGUACAUAGACGUGACUCUCCCCCACCCCCCCUCAGCGCAGAGAAGGAGUGAGGAGAAGGGAGCAACGACUUCAGAGGAAGUAGGAGGCGACGCUUCCAGCACAGCGCGUGAUGAGCGAGCUCAUUGCUGCCCAAACUGCUGAUCUCUCCGUGCUCUUAUUGUAUUUGUGUCUGUGCUGCCAGCAUGACCUUGCACACCUGGCCACGCCCCCCCUCACAUGUCAUUCAACUGGUUGCCCUGUUAGUCUGUAGUGGCUCUCCCCCCCCCCUCGUUCUCAUUGUCUCCUGUGGACUGUAACUUGAAGUGAAAUGGAAGGACAGAAUCAUGAAAGCCAUCGCGUCUGAUUUUCAAUCGGCCAGAAAGAGUGAAAGAAGGAAGCUGCUUCCGACUAAAAAGAUUGGCUCGUCAGUCUACACGCACUAACCUGAUCCUGCAUGAACAUUUUAUAUCAACGUGAACCAUUCUAGACGAUAUCAAUACACUGCUGCUGCUUACUGGAGGGUGAGAAAUCCGAAGCCACGUUGUUGUUGUUUUCUUUGUUUUCUUUCGUAUUUUCUCCGUUUCUCGUUAGCUGUGCAAGAGUCGGCGUGGAGGGUCGAAACGAGUGGUGACCUUUUCAACAGAAACAUCCUUCAUACACUUGUUGUUUUAUUGUUUUUUGUUCUUUUGUUAAAACGACAGACCAUAGCCAUAAUGGAGAAGGAGACACCUUUAAAUCCCACCUCAGCAUCUAUCAGUCCUCAGAGACUUCAUGUCCACUUCUAAAAACAGGAGAAAGGCCGGAGGAAUCAUUCGUAGAAGACGAAUGGAGGAAUGUGUUUUUCUACCUGAAGAGGUGCGAAGGAGAGACGGGCUUCACCUCCGGAUUUGGCGGUUUGUUUUUGCAGAGGACGGCCAAACAGAGAGAGAGACGUGUUGACUCAAACCAACAGGACUCUCCCGGGCCGCCAUCUAUGUGUGUCCAGGGUUCUCUUCACUUGAAUGCACCUUCUCAGUUGUUGGUUUCUUUCAUUGCCUCCUUCUUACUGUACCACUGUUCAUCAGUGCCACUCGAUCACUUUUUGGUCUGUUAGUUUUUCGUCUCACAAAUCUCAAUUCAACACUGCUAGCUCCUCAUUAUCGCAUAUCUAACAAGCUUGGUUGUAUGGUAAUAACUAAUGAAGUCUAUGAAGUUUAUUGCAACUAAAAUCAUGAACACAUUUUAAACCCCCGGGCCGUUCUCUUGGAUGUAGUAAGGCAGAAGAUUAAUACCUAGCCGGUACACAUGGUGGAGCAGCGUGUAAGAAGGGGCUUUUAUACAUAUAUAGAUAUAAUAAAAAUAGCAUGUUCAAAAGAGUUGUCUGCUCUAAUGUAAGCUGCUGUUGUCAGCAUAUCAGGCUACCUAGCUGACUGUAGCUAGCUAACUAUAUGUUAUGGGUUUACAGUUUACGUAAGAAUGAGAAAAAGAAAAAGCAGCAUAUCCUUUAUCAGAGUUAAGGUUGUUGUUAGCUUCGCUAAUGUUCAAAUGAAACAACACUAAACUCAUUAAUACUUGGACUAACUAUCUCUACGCUGCAACACACAAACAAAGUGUAUUUGCUGUUUUUGGCACAACGUUGUGCAUGCAGCCCUCAAGUGAGUGUUUUCAACCGUUAGCUCUAUCGUUAGUUUUAUUAGCUAGCUAGCGAGUUGAGGAAAUCUGCCGACGAUAGCUUUCAUAUUUUAGCCACCAAAAUCGACGGCCCGCACUUAAAAUGAGAAGCUAUUGUCUACUUCUGUGUGAAAUACAAAAUAUAUAUUUCUAUUUUAUUGAUAAAGCUACCACCUUUUAUUUUAAACUGAAUGUGAUAGAGUGAAGCUGGACAGCGUAGCAGCUAAAGGGCUCAGCGAGCGCUAACCUUCCUGCAGCUCCGCGCCGAGCUUGUGAACCAGUCAGCCGUAGUGCAGUGAACCAGCAGUGUAAUUGAGAUUCUGGUGAGAAAAUCCAGCCGCAUCACCUUCUUUUGUCACGAGGAUGUUGAAAUGUGAAUGAGAUGACAAAAUGUGCGUGUACAUAACUUCAAAUUUAUUGUAACAUUUGGCAUUAAUCAUUGUUAUAAGCUAUUUUCUCAUUUUUUAAAUGUCUGUAGUUAUUUUCUUGUAAUGAAAUGCCUUCUUUUUGAGAACUCACCAAAUGGCCAAAGUGUAAAAUAGUGAGAUACAUUGUUGUAGAUAAGAGAAAAAAAAGAGAAGUGAUUGGAAAUGUUCACAGUUGUCAAUUCUGUUUUAUGCUGAAUUUAACAGAGCAAUUAUCUAUGCAUUCUUUUGAUCUCGAGAAAAUGGAAAGUCGCGAAAAGCCUUGCAUGCCCUUGGACGGUUGAAAGAACGACUGUAUGUACUGAACAGAAAUAUUUUUUAUUUUAUUUAUUCUAUUUUAUAAAGGUAUAUACUGAUUUUAUUAGUUGGGGCAACUAAAGUCUCUUGACUCGGUGUCAUUGUCUCAGUCCCCGGUUUACUCACGAUGCUACAACAAGCUCCACUUUGCAGGAAGAAAAAAGAAAACAGGCAGAUAGAGGAAUAUAUCUUCACCUUGUACAGUGUACUGAGAGCCGGGAGCCCACCGUUGGUCUCAACAGUUUAACGGGAGUCAAGAGGAAGAGGAGGACGACGACGAUGAUGAUGGUGGCAGUGGUAACAAUGGUGGACUCCCAGCGUCUCUGUCAGGCUCACACACAUAAACGACAACAAACACACACCUUUCCCACAGAUGGAUGCGUCGGCUUCCGUUUGCUGCUCACCGAUUUGUACACUUUGUCAAUGUAAUCAAUUGUGAGAAUAAACAGCAUUAUAA